AGUCCGGACUAGCAAUGCCGGUGGUUUGACGUUCGCGCCGCGCACUUUACACCCGCUCUCCGCGCGUGCUACGCUCUUCUUCUGUUCUUCCUCCUUCACGUCUUCUUUUUUUAAUUUUCACCCCCAAACCGCACUACCCGUCGUCGUACACCACUCAACCGCUGUAAAUCAUUUUUUAUUCCAAAUAAUAAUAAAAAUAAUUAACCCCGUCGUUUAUCCAAAGUGUCGCCUAGCCAGCCGCACAGCUCGCAUCUUCGCAAGCUAUACAAACCCUUUUCCGCGUACUGCCUGUCUCCGACAUUGAAAUAUUAUAACAUAUCGGCUCGCCGCCGCCGUCAUCGGAGUGCGCCUUUUUUUUAUAUACACUCGAUUUUCGAUUAUAAUAUUUCAUCCCCCGCUACCGCCCCCCCCCCACCCCAGUGCGAUACGCGAUCGUGUUGUUGUCGUCACCGGUUCUUUUGGUAAACACGAGCUCUGCGAGGAGGCGGCGACGGUUGCCUUUUGAAAAUUGAUGGGAACGGAUGGUACGGGAAUCGUCUCGAUGAGAAAUGGAACCGCAAACGGAACACCAGGACCAGCACAGGCCCGCCGAGCUGUUGUCGCCGUCCAGAGGCCGGAGGAAACAGGCGAAACCCCAACGGAAAAAUGUGGAAACCGACUGUGACAUCGUUGGAGGUCAUCUGCAGGACAUGACGCUGUGCGAACAGGACGACGAACUCAUCAUCAACCCGGACACCAAUCACAAUCAUCAGCCCCUGUUGUCGUUGUCGGUCGACGAUUCCGGUAUCAAAGGGCAGCAGCAAAAGCAACAUCACGAUGACGGUUUACGUAGAAGAACCGCGUCGGCAGAAGACAGUAACACCAAAGAUUCGUCAACGGACGAGGAGGGAGUGACAGUUAAUUACGGCGGCGAUGGAGGAACAACAAUUAAGAGUAUCGACGGUGAAGGACGGCCCGACGUGACCGAGGAGACGAACGGGAUCGAGGACUACGACAAAGUGCCGUUGCCGGGGAUGAGCCUCGAGGGUCUGCUGAAGGACUACCAGGACCACCAGCAACAACACUGUUGUCCGUUCUGCCGGGAUCCCCUGGAAUCGAUGGGAUCUCUCAAGGAGCACUUGGACAGCGGUUGUCGCGCUCGACCGUCUUCGCAGCCGUCGCCGCCCUCUUCCCAGCCGUCGACCGGAGGCCAGUACGGUUGUUUGCAGUGUAACGCCGCCUUCGGUAACCGCGACCUUUUGGAAAAACACGAACUCUUGCAUUCGCCAAACGCCCAAGUCUCGUGCAAGGUGUGCAACAAAACAUUCGCCAACGUUUAUCGUCUCCAGAGGCACAUGAUAAGCCACGAUGAGAGUGCAGUGCUGCGCAAGUUCAAAUGCCCGGAAUGCGAUAAGGCAUUCAAAUUCAAACACCAUCUCAAGGAACACAUCCGAAUCCACAGCGGCGAAAAACCGUUCGAGUGUUCCAACUGCGGUAAGCGGUUUUCGCAUUCCGGUUCUUAUUCGAGUCACAUGACAUCCAAGAAGUGUCUGAUCAUGAACCUGAAAGUAGGAGGCCGCGGGUCGCAGUUGAACCGCACCGGUGGCGCGACGGCCGCCACGCAGCAGAACAACAACAAUAACAACAGCUUCCAACCGAAACAUCGCCAAGUUCCUAACAACAUUGUAAACAAUAAUAACAACAACAACAGCAAUCACAAUAACAACAAUAACUCGUUUUCACCGCUGUUGCCCAAGUACGAGGUACCCCCUCCACCGUUCUACCACGCCCAGUCGCCAGCUACCAACUUCUACUUCCCGAGUCUGUUCAACGCCCCUAGCAACUUCAACAUACAUAACAUACUGCCGUCGGUGGCCCUACCGCCCAAGAUCGAAGAGCUGCACGACGAACGUUCGACCGGCAAGAAACUAGACGAUGAAGAAGAUAAGUGCAGCGUCGGCGGCGGCACCGGCAGCGGCGCCGAAGACGACGACGACAAGUACGAGGACAACGAAGUAGACGUGGUGAGCGUCAAGAAAGAACACGACGACGAAGAAUCUGCCGUAGCUGCGGUGGCCGCAGCCGAUACGGACGCCGUCAAGAGGUUGUUGGAGACGGUCAACGUGUCCGUGACCAAACAACUGUUGAUGGCCAACGCCGCCGUGGCCGCGCACCAUCACCAUCAGCAACAAGUGUCCAACUCUUGUGAUUCGUCCGGAUGCCCCAGCGUAGUGAGCGACUCACCGCCAUAUCAUCACCCUCACCACCUGAACCGACCCGAAGGGCUGGCCGCCAAACUCGAAGAUUCCAUCGGCGGCACUAACGGUAAGAACGGUUACGACGCCGGAAGCGACUGUUACACAGACGACGAACACCGGCCGUGCACUACUGAAGAAGAAGACUCCAUCGACCAGGACGGCCGUAAGAUCCGAGUGCGGUCGCAGAUCGCCGACGACCAGUUGGCCGUGCUUAAAGAGUGUUAUGCCACUAAUCCUCGGCCAAAGCGUGAAGAACUGUGCCGCAUUGCCGAUCGUAUUGGGUUCAGCGUGCGCGUCGUACAAGUAUGGUUCCAGAACAACCGGGCCAGGGACAGGCGCGAAGGUAGGCUAGUGCACAUGCCGUACUCGCCGGCGACCGUGUCGCAGUCGCACGCUGAACAACCGUUGGAUUUGUCCACCAAGCAACGGUACAAGGAAGUACAGGACGAUUGUGGGGCCGUCAACUUGUCACUGAAUGUUUGCUGGACCAAUAGCCGUGGCGAGUGUUCUCGGUCACCUCCUUCGUCGACGUCGUCGUCUGUACCAGUGGUUCGCAGACCGUUUGCCGCGGCCGUUCCCCAACACCAGUCACCGUCACCCGGUUACUCGCAUCCCGCUUCUCAAUCGCCAAUACCCGCUGUGGCGUUACGGCACAACGACAGCCUCAGUCCGUCGUCCGACAAACGUUCGUGGAAGAGGGGUUAUGGAGACUGGAGUGAUAUGACGGAUGAAGCCGAAGACUCGGGAUGCACGUCCCAAGACCCGGACGAUAUGGUGUCCACCGGUGGCAGCAUCCAAUUGACAGUCAGCCCGCCUAGCAAGAAAUCAAAAACUUCUUCGUCACUCGAAUCCGCAGACGUUCCAGAUCAAAGACCACAUAAAUGCGACGUCUGCCCGAAAGCGUUCAAACACAAGCACCACUUAACAGAACACAAACGAUUGCACAGCGGCGAAAAGCCCUUCCAAUGUUCCAAAUGCAUGAAAAGGUUCUCGCACUCGGGCUCUUACAGCCAACACAUGAACCACCGUUUCUCGUACUGCAAACCGUACAGAGAGUAAUCUAUGUAAUAUUCGCUUUAACCUUUCAUAUUUCAUUUGUUCACUCGUGAUUUUUUACAUUAAUGAUUAUGUAUGCAUUGUUUUUUUUAUAUGUAAUGUACCGCCUACGCUCUUCAUCUCCGCACCCACAUAGGUACCCCUUGUCACUCUUACCAAACUGUAUUUCGAUAUUUAUUCUUAAUAAAAUAUGUCUAAUAUAUUAUACUAUAAAGUAAAAUAAGUUUGCAAAAGCAACAAAAAAAAUGAUAAUACCAAAAGAAGGGUUAACAUUUAUAAACAACAUAUUUGCAUACAAUUUUUUUUUAUAAUCAAGACAAUAAUUUUUUCGGGUUGUUAAAUAAUAUAAAUAUAUAUAACGGACGCCGCUAUUAAUUUUAAGAAGCGUAUUUGUUGUAUAGACGUUAUCCAUAUUUAUUAGUUUAUAUUUUUAUAAAUAAAAUGUUAAAUUCGAAAAAUAUUUGUAAAAAAAAAAAAAUAAUAUUAAAAUU